CUGGGAGUGCAGAGGAGAAGGGGACGGAGGAAGGGCAGUGACCGGCCUCCCAAUCUCGGCCACAGUUCCUGCACAUUUCCUGAGCUCACAGCUCCUGGAAUCCCUCCUGUGAGCCCAACUUCGUGUCCCCGGCCAGGAUGUCAAGCGCGCUGUGGAGCAUCCUGCCCGUGGUGCUGUGGCUGCUGCUCUGGCACCCCAUCAGUGCCAGUGGCCCGUGCUGGGAGAGUGGCAAGUGCCAGGACCUCACCAACGAGGCGGGUAUCCUGGCGUGUGCCAGCGCAUGCAGGUGGCAGCUGUCGGCCGAGGCUCCCGUCUACCCGGGCAACGGGCACCGGCAGCCCCUCUCCGAGAGCAUCCGCAGGUACGUCAUGAGCCACUUCCGAUGGAACAAGUUCGGCUGGAGGAACAGCAGCGCCGGGCUGCACCGGCGGGAGCCGGCGGCGGCGGCGGGGGACAGCCCUGCGCCCGCGGGGGCCAGCCCUCCGCCCGCCUCCCUGCCUGCCGUCCCGCCGCCGCGCCACGGCCCGGAGGAGGGAACGGCGGCGGGGCGGGAGGAAGGCAAACGCUCCUACUCCAUGGAGCACUUCCGCUGGGGGAAGCCGGUGGGACGCAAGAGGAGACCCGUCAAGGUCUACCCCAACGGGGUGGAGGAGGAGUCGGCCGAGAGCUACCCUUUGGAGUUCAGGAGGGAGCUGGUGCUGGGCACUGGGGCGCCACCUGAGGAGGAAGAGGAGGAGGAAGAGGAGGAGGAAGAGGAGGAAGGGCAGGGAGAGAAGGAGAAGGCGGCGGGCAGCUCGCACGGCAUGCGGCACUUGCGCUGGCACACGCCCUCGAAGGACAAGCGCUACGGGGGCUUCAUGACCUCGGAGCACAGCCAGACCCCUCUAGUGACUCUCUUCAAAAACGCCAUCAUCAAAAGCGCCUACAAGAAGGGGCAGUGAUGGGGAGCGAGCCCGAGGGGCGUCCCACCCUCGCCACCAAGCACCCCCAGCCCCUCCCUAGCUUUAGUGUCCCCCUGGCAUGUGUUUCGCCUAGAGAUCGCUCGUCCUGUCGCUCUUCACCGCUGCUCCGGAGGGAUCCGCUCCCAGCAUGGGGAUGAGGACAUCCACCGCGUCCCCACGCCCACUGGACGGGCUCUGGGAGCAGGGGUGAGGCGAGUUAGGAGCACACUGGGUGAUUUCCAUCUUCUGACUGAGCUGUACAAUACUGUAAAUGAGAGAUUGAAAGAGUUCUACACCGUAAAAUAAAACAAUAUAUCCUUUUUUUGUUCUUCCUUUUAUUUCCCCUCCCUCCCCCCAGGCUAACCAAGUGUCAGCAGAGUCCCUGGGGGGUGGUUGGUGCUCAUCGAGGGAGGGAAUAAAGGACUGCAAAGUAAAAUCCUAGCCGUGAGAUAAAGAAACCUGCUGAGAUGGGGCAAGGAAGAACAGCUUUGCCCCCUCUCCCCCCACCAAGAUAGGGAGUUUCACAGCAGCCAGCCAUGGGAUUCCAGCAAGGCUGAUCUCACUGCAGCCAG